AUGACAAUUCAAAAUCUGGAGGGAAAGACUGCUCUGGCAAUCGCCAUUGAGAAAGAGGAUCAAGAAAUUGUCCAACUGCUUCUGAACCGCCCGGAGGACUAUACUGGCGCAAGCUCUGGACUGGGAUACUUCGCUGACUCCCGCACACCCAGCUUCCCCGUGCAAGAAUAUGUCGCACCCCUCAAGGACGCCCAGAAGAUGGGGAUUCCGCCUAGCGAACUGACUAGCCAAGCCUGA